UAGUGGCGUCUUCCGAUCCCUCCCUCCGACCCUAGCAGGCUAAGCAAGCAGGCUGGCAGCCGAGAUCGGAGGUGGCGGUUUCUGGGGGACUGCGAGCGCGAUUUAGGCGACCGUGGGAGCCCUACGGGUGGGCAGAGGCGCUGCCUCUCUCCCCUUAGUCGUGGGAGAAAUUAAUUUCGCUGGUUCAUCUAUAGUACCAAGGUUGGGCACGUCAGCUCCCCCGUCCAUCAUCAGCCUCUUGCUGACGAUCUUGGUGGGGGAGAGCGCGUGUGGCUGGAGAGGCCGAUUUCGGCACCUCCCCACUUUUUUCGUUUUUCCAAUUUUGAUCAUUAUCACAUCGUCGGGAAAUAAUUCUGACGCUACCGACCGAGAUUUGAAUAGUGCCACAUUUGCGGGAUCCAUCGAGUCUUUAGUCUCUCUGCUGAAGCGUGUCCUCUUUCCCAGUCCUUUUAUGUCUCCCCACACUUAUUUUAUUGACACCCUUUUAUAAUAUUCGAGGGGAGGCGUUGGAUUCCCCGCCUAAUCUUCCUAAAAUCCAGAGUCCUGUUCAGGAGGAGGAGGAAGAGACGACGGAAAGAGCAACCAGAUACUGGUGAUGCCAGGUACAGUCUUUGUAAGGGCCCUGUUCUGAGGAAGAUCCAAACAAGGCGUUUGUGUGCUUUGAAUGCUUAGUCUUCUAAGCUUAAUAUUAUUUUUUCCUUUGUUUAUUCUCCUUUCCAUGGAAGUAAUUUGAGGAUUAAACCUCCCAACCAAAUUACUUCAGUCAUCAGAACAACGGUUAGGUGUGGACCAUCAGGGUACCAGGCAAAAACAAUUCCCAUGACACCUUUCUUUUUUUUGGAGGUUCAAUGACCAAAUCAUUCUUGAAGAGUCAAAAGGCACUGAGAGGACUUGAUUAUCCUCCAAGUGGGUGGUAAAAGGGAGAGGAAAAAAAAGAAAGUUCCAGAAAUACCUCUUCUCAGAAAGGAGGGCAGAAGCAACAAUUCAUAAGCAUUGCUGUUUUUCCCACCUUUGUGAUAUUGCUUUCAAAGGAUACCUAAAGUCUGCAGAACUACUUCAAGAUGUGUAGCUCUGUUAUUCCCAGGCUCUGGUUUUUAACAGAUCGACGUAUCCGAGAAGAUUAUCCUCAGCAGGAAAUUCUAAGGGCACUUAAAGCCAAAUGUUGUGAAGAGGAUCUAGACUUCCGAGCUUUGCUGAUGGAUGAAGUGGUCUUGACCAUUGAACAAGGAAAUCUGGGUCUUCGGGUCAGUGGGGAACUCAUCACUGCUUACCCGCAAGUAGUGGUGGUUCGUGUACCAACACCAUGGGUGCAAAGUGAUAGUGAUAUUACAGUCCUUCGUCAUCUAGAGAAGAUGGGCUGCCGGCUAAUGAACCGUCCACAAGCCAUACUUAAUUGUGUCAACAAGUUCUGGACAUUCCAAGAAUUGGCUGGUCACGGUGUGCCUCUUCCAGACACCUUUUCUUAUGGGGGUCAUGAAAACUUUGCCAAAAUGAUUGAUGAAGCAGAAGUAUUGGAGUUCCCCAUGGUCGUGAAGAACACGCGAGGUCAUAGAGGAAAAGCUGUGUUUCUUGCCAGAGACAAACACCAUCUGGCAGACCUGAGCCAUCUAAUUCGUCAUGAAGCCCCUUAUCUAUUCCAGAAAUAUGUCCAGGAGUCUCAUGGCAAAGAUGUGCGUGUCAUCGUGGUGGGAGGCCGUGUCGUGGGCACUAUGCUGCGUUGCUCAACAGAUGGUAGAAUGCAGAGCAAUUGCUCACUUGGUGGUAUAGGUAUGAUGUGCUCACUCAGUGAACAAGGGAAACAACUGGCAAUCCAAGUUUCUAACAUCUUGGGGAUGGAUAUCUGUGGCAUCGACCUCCUAAUGAAGGAUGAUGGCUCGUUCUGCGUCUGUGAGGCCAAUGCAAAUGUAGGUUUCAUUGCCUUUGACAAGGCUUGCAAUCUAGAUGUAGCUGGUAUCAUAGCGGACUAUGCCGCUUCACUGCUUCCUCCCGGUCGCUUGACACGACGCAUGUCCUUGCUCUCUGUGGUAUCCACGGCUAGCGAGACUAGCGAGCCAGAGCUGGGACCUCCAGCUAGUGCCACUGUCGACAAUAUGAGUGCUAGCUCCAGCUCUGUCGACAGCGACCCUGAAACCACAGAGAGAGAGUUGCUCACCAAGCUCCCGGGGGGGAUAUUCAAUAUGAACCAGCUAAUAGCCAAUGAGAUUAAGCUCCUAGUGGAGUGAUGCCACAUGUAAAUAACUAUGACCAACUUUCUUGUAAAUUUUUUUUUAAAAUACAACCAACUUGUAGUGCUGUUUAUUGGAAGCAGCUUAUAGAGGUGAGGUGAGGGUUUUAACUUGGGGCUCAGAAUCAAAACAUGCAUGUUCUGUGAAUGCUGCUUUCCUAUUAAUCUUACAGAACAUAUGUUUAGUUGUUAUUUUUAACAACUAUUUUUCAUUUGAUAAUACUUUGUUUAAUACUCUGCAUUGGGAAAUGGAGGAAAAGAACUGGAUAAGAAUUGUUUUUGAUAGGGAUGCCAUUAUGAUUUUUGAACUCAUAUGAAAAUGUUUCAUCUUCAUUUAUGCUAUUUGUAAUUUGAAAAGUUAAUGCUCCAAAAGCACCUGUGAACAAAUACUUUGCCAACCAUCCCCUCACCUCAUUGGAGCUCAUUCCUAUUAGUUAUUAUAUGCCUUUUGCUUUAUGUCCUAUAGGAGUGGAGAGAAAUUAGAACACCCAUUUUUUAUUUCAUUCAGAGGUUCUAAAUAUCAGCAUUUCUAUCUAUUAUCAAUAAGAUCUGUAAAAUUAUAUCCCUGGCAACAGUCCACAGUUGCCUCUGAAAUUCUAGCCUUUAAGCAGUUUUACAGGGUGCAAUAUUGAUUACUUCAGCAUGAGCUUUUGAAAUAAACCUGCAACUUCUGCCAUUUCUGUAUUGACAGAUGUCCACAUGCUUAGAUUUAAAAUCAAAUUCGCUUUCCUUGAGAGAAAAAAAUUACUAUGUAUCUGAAUUUUAAAAAUAAUUUUAAAACCUUGCUUUAGGUCAGGAUGGGGAGAAACUGUGUGUAAAAUUCAGUUUGGGCCAUUGAUGGCAGAAGCGGCAUGUUUUCUUUUGCACAAGAACUGAGAUAAACAACACUGUUAACUUUUGGUGUACAAAAUAAUGUUUAAUCCAAUGUGAAAAAGAAUAACACUAGUUUAAAACAAAUGUGCAUUGACUUGUAUUUGUUAGUGUUUUAGUCCUUUUUGCAAGAUAUAUGCUGUGUUAAUGUUUCAUUUUUAAUACAUGCUUGUCCAACACUUCCUUCUCCAUGCCUACAUCUUUAACAGGGGCCCAAUUUGAAAAAUACCUGUACUACUCAACAUCACCACUAAUAGUAACAAACUUAUACAAAAAUAUCUGAUGCCUAGAAAAUAUGGGAGGGGUGUGGAGGAGGGUUGAAACGGAUGCAAAUUUCAAAAUUACAUUUUGUAAAUUUAAUGUGUCACUAUUAUUGAUAGAAGGCAUUAAAAUCUAAAGUGGUCUGAUUUACAAAGGAUAAAUCCUGAAAGAAACAAGCAGGUUUUGGUUUUGGGAAACACUUUGCCAGUAAGGCCCAGCCAGAAUGGGAAUAUGAUUUAAGGCCGCCAGUGUGUGGAUCUCAGGCCCCUUUGUAUGUGUCUGUAUUUUGCUUUGUUUUUGUCAUUAAUUUUUGUCUGUCCAGUUCGUCAGUCUUUUUUCCAGAAUGCCUGAUGAUCUCCUCUCCCAGUCCAUCCCUGAUACUUCUGGCUGUGCAUUUUCUUAUUAAAUUUGAUAAAAGAACCAAAACAACAGCUUUGGGUCUGUUUUAAUGGCCUCAUCUUCCUCCUCCUCACCCAUUUCUCACUCAUUUAUUUACUUUGGGUAUAUACCAUAUUGAAAUUAUAGAAAAAUGUAAAUAAAAUCCUGUUACUUUAAAAACAGCCAUCCGCAACACGACACAGUAGAAUAUUUGUAACAGCAAGUUGGCUUAUGAAAGGGUUUUGGAGGAUGGGCAGCUUCUGUGUGUAGGGUUAUUUUGUCUCAGUGCUUCAGAACAACAAUUUACCCUCCAGGGCUCUGAGCUUCAUUCUACUAGCCAACUUCACCACUCAACUGUUUUAACUUUCACUUCGGUAUUAAACAUCACUUGUGAACACUUUACAGAGACACUAGGAAUAAAUAGAAAACUAUUAGCUUGCUUUCAUGAAGGUUAAUCAUGCUUAUUUGUACAGGUUUUUAAAAUGCAAUAAUAACAUUUUUGUAGAAUUAAACAUUGUUAAAAACAAAAUACAAGAAUGAUUGUUGGCAUUGGCUGAUGAAGCAGAAACGAUAUUUUAGCGUGUGUAGGUUUAAGAAAAUACAAAGGUUUCUAUUUUAAAAAAACUCAGAAAAAAGAAAAACCCGAAGUAGCUUUCUUUCCUUCUGCUUUGUGGCCCUUCACCCCUUUGUUAACUAGACAUGUGCCUUCUAAAAUACAGGUUUCUUUAAAAGAUUGCACAUCUUUCAGAAAUAUGAGCAAAGAAUUAACCUUUGUUAACUAGCAGAAAAAUAUUGCAACAUUUACAGGAAACAAAGUUGAUGCCAGAAGAAGCUUGACAAUUCUUUAAUACUUCUGAUUUGGGCUGUUUGAGUUUCUCCACUGUUUGAGAAAAACAGUUUGUGACAAAUGUUUUUCACAUGAAUUUUUUUCAAAAUGUGUAGACCCAAUUUACACCACUAUAAAUGCAAUGGAAUGACAUACAUUUUGUUUUGAAUCAUACACAAUGGAUACAUUAAGGGAUUUUAUACUUUGGUUAAUGUGUUGGCCAUGUGAUGGCCAUGUGUGUGUUGUGGUUGUAUUGGAAAGAUGGAAAAGAGACUGAAUAACGUUUGGGCAAAGAAAAGUCUCACACGUUGUUGAAAUAGAAGUUGGCAUUGCAUGUCAAAAUGACAUAGGAAAUUCUCUGCUUGAAAAAAAUGGGGUGGUACAUUCCCUCCUUACGUAAUGUAAUUUUUUUUAAAAAAAUGUUGUAAAAGAAGUUUUAAAAACAUUACUAUUGGUAAAGAAAAUGAAUUUAGUUUCUAAUAACUAGAGUUUAAGUUCUGUAGAGAGUAGUGCUACACAUCACACUUCGCUGGAAAAAAAUACUGAGAAGUAUAUUAAGAGUACCAAUAUUACUUAACAUAAUUUGAAAUGAACAACUAGUAAAGCAGAAUUGAACAAUUGGGAAAAAUAGAAGCUGUAGUGAAUGUCAGCAUUCAAAUGAUACCAAGUUUGGAUGAUAAUGAUGGAGUUUAAUGAGUACUGUAUGUUUUGUUUGUGCUUUUAUUUUACAGAUGCUAUGUUUAUACUUUUUCUACUGUAUAGAAUUACAGGUUGUAUUUGUAGCUUUGUAUCUCCUCAGAUUUUAUAUUGUUGAUAAAACUUCUCAUUCUGGAACACUUUGGUAGAACAUUAAUAACAGAUGUUGGGAGGACAACAUAUUUGUGGACUAUUUUUGUUGUUGUUGUGUUCCACCAAACUUUCAACCUGUUGGAUCAAACUACACUGACUUUGUUCAGCAAUUUACCAAGAAUUUAUUUAGAAGAUAUGCCAAGAAAAAUGUUUUGAACCUGUGAAAUUUGGAAAGAAAAAAAUAAAAGACAGUUUUAGAAGUGCUGCAUUGGACAUGUACCAGACUUGAUGAAUACUGUUUUAAACUUCAUAUCCUCCCAGUUAAUAAAAGCAGAGCUCAAGUUGGUUAAAUGUAUAAGGGUUUAAACUAUGUAAGAUGUAUCAAUAUGUACAAUUCUUUCUCAUGGCUCACUCUUUUUGAGAAGGUUUAUGAGCUAUUUGGCUGGUGUGAGACUCACGACCCACUCCUGUUCUCUCUAUGGAAUUGUAGGUGCUCAGACAGGAGCCAAAAAAGUCAAACAAUCCAGAGAAAAACUUCCCUUCUCCCCUUUCUGGUGACAAGAGAGAGAGAGAGAGAGAGAGAGCUUGUGAAAAUCCUUGAGAAUGUUCCUCCCUAAACUUCCCCCCCCUGUGGUAAAACAAUAAACGCAGCAGCCCGGUGGCAUCCAAUACCAACCCCUUGGCAGGUAACUUUCAGCUCUUGAUCAUCCCAUAUUAGCUAACACUGCUUUCCUUUUUUCUCUUCCUCAGUCAUAAUAUGAUUAUUGCUGUAAAAGAAUGAGUUUUAGGAAGCAAAUGGUAUUUCUUUUCUUGUUCUUCAUUUUGUGUAUAUUUAGCAGAAUUAGACUUUAAAGCUUAUUGUGAUCCAUGUGUUCAAGUAGGAUCACAGCAAGAGAAAAUUUAAGCAGUGUGCAGUGACAGAAAGAAGGGAUGGGAUGGUAUGUAACUUCACAGAUUCUGCCAUCUCGAUCUUCCCAUGUACCUACCUCUUCUUGCUGCCCCUUCCCCCAAUAUACGUUCUUGGCUUAAGUUUUACAGGGCUUUGAUGCUUUCCAGGGGCACAGUCAGCACAAAACUAAUCGGCAUCAAUUAACAGGUACGGAAAAUAGGAGUAAAAAGUUUAUAUAAUUUUCUAUUUCUUAUAGCAGGGCUUGGGUGGAGGGCAUUGUGUACUUGCAAAAAUUCAGAGGGGGAUUUUAUUUCAGGAAUUUUCUAUAUGUGUUGCUCAGUAUACUGCUAUUUAUUAGUAAUAAUGAACAAUCUGAAUAAUUUCUUAAUACUUUACUUUUGGUUUAAUAUUCAAAUAUCUGCAUAAACAUAUGACAGCAGUGACAUAAUCAGUGGUAGAAAUGAUGGCUAAUAUGAAAGAACAAAAUAUUCCAGAUGAACAUCCCCCAAAUAAUUUUGCAUGGGAGCGCACACAUGUCUUAUUACAAGAAAAGUGUUUUCUUUUGUCAGGUUAACUUUAUAGUUAUAUGGCUUUGAAAUUUAAAAGUGCCAAGAUAUUCUGCUAAAAUAGAUUAAGAUAGGUUAAAAGCAGUAUUUUUUUAUGUGGAAGAUUUACUAUUAUUUCUAUAACUUCUAUUUUUCACGAAUACUUAGUUUCUCACAGACAUAGCAAACAUUUUUGCAACUUUAUUUGAAACAAAAAUGGUUGCUCUUCAAAAGUCUUAUAAAAUUGUCUUCCCUGUUAUUUUUGACCCAGAGGCAUUGCGUAAAGAGAAAAACAUUAGAUUAAAAUUCGCUGUUGAACAGACUUUUUUUUCCUUCUCUUGCCAAUUUUUAGACUUUUUGACACAAUCUGAUUCCUACUGCAAUUCUUGUGACUUGAAAAAGCUAAACAAGAGGAAGGAUAAUAUUGCAAAUUGUUCCUUAAAAUUGUCAACACUCAUGCAAAUUAGCAGUUGCUGGAAUUGGGGGGAGAAGUGGAAAAGUGAUAUUAAAGCAAUAGGAUGCUGUUCAACAAUAUCAAAUUUUCACUUUGCUUGCACUAAAAGGGCAAUCCAAUAAGGCAGACAUUUGGCACUGCCCAGAGUUCCAGCUUUCAGGAAAUGGUGUUUUACUUUUUAAUGUUCUAUGUGAAUUAAGUUUAUGAUUUGCAGAGUUUGGUUAGAAAUAUACCGGUAUUUGGGAAAAAAAAUAUGGUACUAUGAAAGAGGAAAGUAAUAACUAGGUAUGCUUAGUGCAACAGAAGAUCUUUUGUGUUGAAAUGUGAUGGUAACGUAACAGAAGCAUCUGGUGGCAUUUGUAUUUUUAAUCUGCCAUGUAGUAUCCAUCUGUAAGGAUACCUCCAAAGUUUAUUAUUUUGGUCUUCUGUCCAAUAUUUUUCUGAAGGAGAUGGGAGGUAUGGGAGGAAAGAUUGUAGUGAGCUUCAUGCCUUUAAAGGAUCCCCAUUGUGUGGUUUUUCUGUGAGCUGAACAAGAACUUCUUCUAUAUGCCCUUGUGCUGCAACAGAAUAAUAAAACUGGUAGGUGGCAGCAGAAGAAGGAGAUUAUACAGAUGGCACCCGAGAACAGAGAAUGCUGCCAUGUGGGGAGAGAUGGAUUCCAAAAUAUUAGCAGAUGUAACGUGCAAAGAUGAGAGACAGCUUCCUUGACUUGUUACUCUGCAUGAUUUUACCCUGCAGGUCUGUAGAAAAGGAAGUGGGAGAAGAUAAACAUCAGAUCUCCUCUGCAAAAAACAACUUCCCAACCGUGCUAUGCAGCUUUUCAAGAAGGACACAGGUCUAUCAAAUUUAUAGCUCUGUUGUAAAGUAACGUAUUCACCUCUGGAUGACUUUGCAAGCAAAAAUAAUGUGUGUCAUUCCAUAUCUUUAUUUUAAAGGGAAGAAUGAGUAAAGAUACCCAAUUGUUCCCUCACAUGAGCAGCAGAAUUUACCACUGCUGAGGGUAUUUUGAUAUUACCAUAUUUCCCCGAAAAUAAGACAGGACUUAUUUUCUUUUGGGCCCCAAAAUAAGCACUAGGGCUUGUUUUCAGGGGUGUCUUAUUUUGCAGCUGCCUGCCCGCUCCCUCCCACCAUCUGCUUGCCCGUGGCAGCUUACAGGGCUUCCCAGGGCAGACACACUUUUUGCCCAGACAGAGAAAUGACGGAGACUUGAAACUUUGCCUGCUUGCAAAUGGGAUGCUUUGAAACGGAGCUAAGCAUGUUGAAUUCGCCUGCCUACCCACCCUCCAUGUCUCUGCCUCUGCCUGGCUCUACCACGUACUUUUUGCCCAGAGGGAGAUGAAUCUUCGGGUGCUUGCAAAUGGGAUGCUUUGAAACAAAGCUAAUUGCUUCGUCUCCCUCUGGGUGAAAAGUGCACAGCAGAGCCAGGUGGAGGCAGAGGCAUGGGGUUGGUGGGGAGGCAAGGAAUCCCAAUGCGCCACCCACUCCGUUCCAUUGUCUCUCAGCUUGCUUGCAGUCGUGCCAGGCAGGCACUCAUGCAGGGCAUCGGGAUUGCCUUCCUCCCACUCCCCCAUGCCUCUGCUUCUGCCAGUGCCACUGCACAAGCCUCCCAUGAGCCAGGCAGCCACGCAGCAAGUCCGGAUCAUCUGUCUCUCCCCCCUUCCCGCCUCUGCCUCUGCACUCAGACCUAUCUGCGCUGUUCCAAGGGGCCAGCGGGCUGCAGCUACUUCCGGACACUGUUGGCCCUGCGCACUCGCCAUCUCUUAUGCUGGCCAUACCCAUCCCUGGGCUUAUUUUUGGGGUGGGCCUUAUAUUAGGCCCACCCCAAAAAAUCAGGCUAGUGCUUAUUUUCAGAAUGGGUCUUAUUUUCGGGAAAACAUGCUAUUAAAGAGAUGAGCAUAUUUGCCAUGUGCUUCCAAAGGUCUUGCAAGCAAACUGCUUCUCUCAGAAUUCUAUUUUGUUUCAGUUGGCAAUUUCUGAGAAGAACUAUGGGAAUGUCAAGGAAACAGAUAAUAUUAAUUUGUUCUGAAAUCACUUAUCCACAUUUUUCUUUUCUAUUAAAUAUUUUCACAGGACUCUUUGAUGCUAUAGGUCAGCAGGCCAGAGAUGCAAGCCAGAGACUGCAAUUUUUGUACUGCGGCCCAGGUUUUAUGAAGAAUCAAGCAUCAUUCCUUCCUCCCCUUUUAAGAAUUGUGUUCCUUGCCAUUUUGUUUCUUCAGUUCUAAAAGGAAUGAAUCGCGAUGCACAAUGUCCAGUGCUGGAAAAAUGACAGCAGUGUUAAUGUAUAGAUAAAAUGGAAGUUAUUCAAUAAAAAGUUAAUUUUUAAUUUGA